AUUGUAGCGAAAUAAAGGUUUACGUAGCAUAGAUAUAAUAAAAAAGAAUACUUUUCGAAGGCUACGAUAUAAGGAUGAUCAUUGUUGGUUACAUUUUAUAAAGUACUUUGGAUUUUUUUGUUUCUUCGAUACAAAUUUCAAUCGUUAUGAUUAUACAUGUAUUUUUAUUAACCAAUAUUCUGUACUAAUGUUUAUUUUUUGAUUUGAUGAUGAAUUUUAUGUGAUCAUGUUAGGGAUUCCAUAGCGUAUAGAAAAAUUCUGUACUGUUCUGUUGGUGCUUACUGUAAAAUUCGAAAACCGGCAUGACGGCAUGAGUGUCAAGCACUGUGCGUUUGUAAAUACUCGUUUUUUAAACAAAAUAAGUGUUUUCAUUAAAAUAUUACAGUUUUCAUUCAUAACAUAAAAAUGGAUACGCUAAAUGAUACCUCAGAAACUUUAGACCGAUCUCUUGAAAUGUUUAAGCAAGAAACUCCGCAACAUAAGUCAUUUUUAAGGUUAACUGGAAAAAGUACAACUCCUAAAAGAAUAUCGUUACAAAAUACCAAUAACUUGCAAAAAGAAUUGGAUGAUGUCCAUCAGCUGAAUGACAGUGCCAGAAUGUUAGCUAAAUCAUAUCCUAAUUCAAGACUAAUGAAGAUUCAUGAUCUCAUGGAUGUUGAUAAUUCAGUAACGUUUGCUCCUCACGAAAUUCGAAAUAUAAUGAACACAUCAGAAAGAAGUAAACUCACGUUGAGGGAGAUGAUGGAAGACAGUAGUGCAACAGGCAUAAUUUUAAAAACAGUGGAACCAUGGCGAGAAAUCAUGUCUAAAUUAUAUUAUGAUUUCUUGCAUAGUAUACAAAUGAACUUUUCAGAGACACAAAUUUUUGAUACAGUGGCAGAUUUCAUACAAAAUUGCUCAGAUACCUUAGAUAUAAUGAGAGGUAUGCAAUCAAAAGUGGAGACUAGCAAAGUAUCAAAAGAAGAGAUUUCUUUAGAAAAUGAAAGAAAUACAUGGAGACUUAUUUAUUGUUUAUAUCAAAAUCGAAUAGGUAGCAUGAAUUAUACUACUGCUAUGGAAGAUGAAACACAAGAAAAUAAUGUUUACAUAUCUGAAAAAGUUGUAAUAGAAAACUUAUUUAAGACUGAAAGUUACAUUAGAGAGUAUCAAUUAAUAAUUGACUGGUUAGAGAAGAACGCGUUAGAUGAAGCAGAUAAGCAUCCAUCUACAGAGCAGUUUACAGAUAAAACUUUGGCAUGGGAAAAUACAGUACGACAAUUGCUUUUGUACAAAGACAAAGAUCAGAUUCUAUUACGUUCAUCUAGGCCACUGAUUACAUCCCUUGAUCCAGAUGCUCCCAUAAGAGAAGGUAAACCCAUAGAUGAUCUGGAUAGAGAAGAUGAUGCAAGACUUGAGAAAAGAAUGUUUAUAGAGGUACGUUGCGGUCGUCUUCAAAAGGCACAAGCAUUAGCAGAACACUCUGGACAAAUUUGGAGGGCUGCUUGUUUGUUAGGAUGGAUACCUCAUCAUGAUCCUAAUUAUCAAAAUCCGUUAUCUGAUACCAAAUUACCUAUUGAAGGAAAUCCUAAUAGAAGUCUUUGGAAACUGUGUGCAUGGGAAUUAUCUCAAGACAAACGCGUAGGUCAAUUUUAUCGCUCAAUUUACGCCAGUCUUUGUGGAAAUGUUCAACAACUACUACAAAUUGCAUCUUCGUGGCAAGAUGCGUUAUGGGCUUACAUGAAAACAUUGUUAGAUAUCAAGGUGGAAAGAGAGGUGAGAGAUUUAGUAGCGAAAAGCUUCACGGACAUGCCCGAGGAAUAUUGGAAAAACGAAAUGUAUUUGGAAGAUGUGUUUAAAGAGUUACAUGCGUCAAAAAAUUCAAACAUUCAAGAACAGUCGAACAAGCCUGAUCAUCUCAUUCAGAAAUAUUUAAUAUUGGAUCAACUACCGCAAUUGAUGGAGGAGAUAGAACGCAUGAUAGACGCGGAGAAUUGCGAUCCUCACUUUUUGAGAUUCUUAGCUCAUUUGGUAUUCUUUCUCCGGCAAAUUGGUAAAAGCACGAACGAUAAAAUUGGAGACAAAGUUUUGUCGGCGUAUGUUCAGGUUUUAAUUGAAAUGGACGACCCGAUUCUGAUCGCUUUUUACACAGCCAUGUUGCCGCAGGAAUCUCAGAUAACGAAUUAUGCACGUUACUUGGAGAACGUGAAAGACUACGAGCAACGAAAAAAGUGCUUGACCGCGGCAGAAGAUGCUAAUUUGAACGUGGAAGCAAUCACGAAAUUAGUGGUAGAAACUAUACGUUCGAAAAAUAUAGAUAUCGAUACCUCAGAUUUAAAAGGUGCCAUAACGGAUGCAGAUAUUGAAAAGAUUAACGCGUUAGAUUGGCUGAUAUUUUAUCGAAGUCAGCGGGAAGAAGCACUGUGGCAAACCAAUGCUCUCAUAAGAUAUUUCUUGAAAAAUGAAAGAACCGAUGCUGCACGGAAAGCAUUUAAUAAGAUUCCAGCGGAUACCAUCGAGUCAAUUGUGGCCGAAUACCCAACAAUGGAAGCCACGUUAACAAAUCUUACGAUGACGGAUAAUCUGUCAAAAAGGGCGGCCUCGUCAAUUCGAGAAUAUCUAUGUUAUAAAAUAUAUCUCGAUGCCCAAGAAGGUUUUGCUGAAUGGUUUUCUCAUUAUCAUCGUGGCAAACCUACUCCCCUAGAAGAAUUACCACCAUAUGCCACGUUCACUGAAAAGGUUGCACACGAACAUAAGUUAGCACAAUAUAAUGCGGAAAUGGAGAGAUGGAAAUCUACGAUGCAACAUCACACAAAGGCGGUUAAACAAUUGUUAUAUAACGUGUUACUAUUUCCGGAUGGUGGUUGGCUGGUCGAUGCAAUCAAUGACGAUGAUGAAUUGUGUACGCCCGAAGAAAUAUCGCGGGAGAAACAAAUGGAGAAGUUGCGGGAACUUUGUAUCCCAAAAAUUACGCUCCUUUUGCAUUCUGUAAUGUCCGAAAUGAAUGAGCAUGCAGGAUGCAUUCAGUUAGCAGAUAUUCUUGCCUCUGAACAGUAUCAACUUUAUAAAGUAUUUAAAAAGGGAAGACUGCGAGAAGUGUUCAAAAAGAUUUGUGAAUCAUCUUUAGUUUUGAUGGAUCAAAAGAAAGAUCCUUGGGGUUAUCCAAAAUGAAUUCCAUUAAAAAAUUAGACAAUAAUUGAAAAUACAUAAGGCAUCCUGUAACAUACAUAACGCGAUUUAUUAUUCGAAAGUCGAAUACCGAAGAAAUUUGUACAAAAAGCCUCCGUUGUUUUUUAUAAAACCAGUUUAUUGUCAACCACAAGAAGUGAAUAUAAAAUUUGAUACAAUGUUCAAUAAUUCAUAAUCAUAAUAUAUUAUAUACCUCAUGGUUA